AUGGAUAUUCGAAACUACAUAUAUAUUCCCGCAUGUCUCUAUAGCAUGACCGGUUCCAUGUUCCUGCCUGUAGUACAAUCCAUGGUUUAUCAAAAGGUAUGCAUGCUACUUUCGAAUGAAACUGGGAUCUAUGACUGUGUUAAUGCAGUUUCUGCAGCGUCAAAAAAUCAACGGAUCCAAACAGAAGCAAACAGGAUUGUUCUUACUGCUUCCAUCUGCAUAUGUACGACUGGUGUCCUGACUUCGCGUUUUAUUGGCAGCAUAAGCGACAAAAAGUCUCGAAAAAUAUCUAUGUUGAUACCGUAUGUUGGUCUUCUUAUUGCGGACGUGUCACUAUUAUUACAAGCGCUAUUCUUUAACUCCUCGCCAUACCUUUUUCCUUUGUCAGAACUCAUUUUUGGAUGCUUUGGAGGAUAUAUGGGGAUUAUAUCAACUUCUUUUGCUUAUCUCACUUCUAUACCAGGCGUCACAAUGAAAGAACGAAGCAAAUCGAUUGCUCGACUUGAAGGAGCCCUAGGUGUUGGAGGAAUCUUGGGAUUUUUGAUUUCUUCUCAACUGCGGACGAUUACUUAUGUCAAUACUUAUUUGUUCUUCAUUUUUGUUCAUGUAUUUUGUUUUUGCUAUAUUGCACAAAUGAAGAAUCAUGACGUUAGAACAAAUCGGAAAUCAUCAGCCGACUUCAAGCUGUUUCCUUCACUGCUUCUUUCUCGUGUAAAACUUUGCGAAUUUCGUUUGCUGUUGUGCUAUAUCGCCUUUGGAGCGUCAUAUUUCGCUCUGAUUGGAUCUUCACAUAUUCUGUUCUUUUACCUAAAGCAGCGAUUUUACUGGGAUGCAGAGUUCUACGGGUAUUUGCGUGCACUUACGCAAUUUUCUUCCACAGUAAUGGCACUUUUUGUAUAUCCGUUGUGCAAAUCUUAUGCUGUUCGUGACGGGACGUUGGUGCUUGUUGGUUUGGCUGCACGCAGCCUUGGGAGAGCAUGGUUGGCAGUGGCGUGGAAUGGAGCAAGCGUUUUUGGAGUCAUUCCAUUCGAAAUGUUUGCUCGAUUUCCGGCAACUGGCCUUCGUUCGCUCAUUUCGAACAAUGUGCCUCCGGAAGAACGAGGAUCUGCUUUUGCAAUAGUCGCAAUUCUUGAAGGAGGAUGCAAAUUGGUUGCGGCUGUCUUCUUCCAUCUUUUGUUCCCCUGGUCGAUUUCAUUCAUGCCACAGUUGUCUUUCGUGGUGAUGGCAGCACUUAUUGUGCCUCCCACCAUCCUUUUCUGGUGCUACAAGAAUGAGCUGGAACAGAAUGAGGAUGCUGUCAACGAAGAGGAAACGUUGAAUAAGUCACCAUCUAAUGAAGAAAUUAAUUCUCCGUGA